AUGCCACUCCACCGUCUCGUGGUUGCUUUCCUGGUGCUGUCGCUGUUGGCACUUCAUGAAGCCGUUCCAUACUUUCCUGGUUAUAUGAUGGGCGGCCGAAGAGGCUUUAUGGGAGGCCCUAUGAGAGGUCCCAUGAUGGGUGGACCAAUGAGAAGACAUGGCUUUAUGGGUGGACCAAUGGGAGGUGGUCUUGGUGGACCUAUGAUGGGACGAUAUGGCCGUAUAGGAGGAUUCGGCAUGGGAGGUCUGGGCAUGAGGCCAAAAUCCUCCGGAAUGCGCUACUACUACAUUAUGCUCGUAGUAUUGACGAUACUCUUGCCAACGCUAUCUCUCAUGGGUAUGAUGAUGGGGCCAAUGAUGGGAGUUAUGAUGCCAAUGAUGUGCGAUAACAUGACGACACAUAUGCAGAUGAUGAUGAAUAUGACGAUGCCCAUGGAUUGUAGUAUGGAUGAAGGAUCUUCAAGCACUGGAAGUCUAAGUGAGGAAGGUCGAAGCCGGGAUCAUGAAAGAACUAUGAGUGCCGUAAAUACGAGUAAAGGAGAUGAAAGUCCCAGUCAUGAAGGAAGUCAGGAGGCUGUGACUUUGAGUAGAGUAGAUAGCGGUCAAAACCAACGUUGA